CCCAAUUCUCUCUUCUCACUCUCACCCACGUGACCAUUCCCUCCUACAACUCUUCCCCCCAAACAUACACACACACACACACAGUCUUUCUCACAUCCAAUUUAAACCCCCUCAAUUUUAACACUUCACCCAGAUCUGCUUCUCUUCUGGCUCAAGGAAAAUGGGUGUGAUUUCAAGGAAGUUAUUUCCAGCAUGUGUAAAUAUGUGUGUUUGCUGUCCGGCUUUAAGAUCGCGUUCAAGACAACCUGUUAAAAGAUACAAGAAAUUACUUGCAGAAAUCUUUCCCAAAUCACCUGGUUUUUCGCCAAACGAGCGGAAAAUUGUGAAAUUAUGUGAAUAUGCAGCUAAAAACCCUUUUCGUAUCCCUAAGAUUGCACAAUAUCUUGAAGAAAGAUGUUACAAGGAGUUGCGGUUGGAUCAUGUACAACUGGUUAAUGUUAUUACAGAUGUGUAUAGUAAGUUGAUAUGCGUGUGCAAGGAUCAAAUGGCAUAUUUUGCUGCAAACCUGCUGAAUGUUUCUAUUGAGCUUUUGGAUGAUUCUAAACGAGAUACAGUCCAGAUAAUUGGAUGUCAGACACUGACUAAAUUUAUCUAUAAUCAGGUGGAUGGAACUUACACGUACAAUAUUGAAAAUUUAGUUCAAAAGGUUUGUAUGCUAGCCCGUAAGCCGGAGGAAGAAGAUGAAAAAACACGAUUAAGGGCAGCAAGCUUGCAAUGCCUCUCAGCCAUGAUUUGGUUUAUGACAGAAUUCUCACAUAUGUUUGCUGAGUUUGAUGAGAUUGUACAUGUUAUUUUGGGCAACUUUGAGCCAAAUAGAAACACUGAACAAGAUGAUGAUAGGGGGGAAGUACAUCAUAAUUGGGUGAACGAAGUGGUUAGAUGUGAAGCGAGAGGGGCUAUCACUGAAACUGAUUCAAGCUAUAUGAUUGUCAAGCCACGGGCAGAAAAGAAGGAUCUUUCUCUUUUGACUAGAGAAGAGGCCGAGACACCUAAAGUAUGGGCUCAAAUUUGCAUUCAAAGAAUGGUAGAACUUGCUAAGGAAAGUACAACAAUGCGUAGAAUAUUGGACCCAAUGCUUAUUUAUUUUGAUACUAACCGACAGUGGGUUCUUCCUCACGGGUUGGGCUUAACCGUUCUUUCUGAUAUGGCCUACUUUGUAGAGAGCCCAGAAAAUAAGCAGUUGAUAUUGGCUUCAGUUGUUCACCAUUUGGAUCACAAAAAUGUUUCACAUGAUCCCGAGCUGAAGUCAUAUGUCAUACAGACUACUACUGCUUUGGCUCGGCAAGUUAGGUCUGAAGUUGCACUCAAAGAUAUUGGAUAUGUCAGUGAUCUUUGCAGGCAUUUAAGGAAAAGCCUUCAAGCAACUGCUGAAUCAGUCAGUGAACAUGAAUUGAGCUUGAAUUCCUUACUCCAAUCUUCAAUAGAAGAUUGCUUACUCGAAAUUGCUAGAGGGAUAGCCGAUGCUCGUCCUCUAUUUGAUGUAAUGUCAACAACACUCGAGAAUCUUUCUCCUAGUAGUGUCGUGGCAAGGGCUUCUACUGGAUCGAUGAUUAUUCUUGCCCACAUGAUUGUUAUAGCAUCUGUUUCCUCAAACACACAACAGGUGUUUCCCGAAGGUCUUCUUCUUCAACUUCUAAAAUUAAUGUUGCAUCCAGAUGUUGAAAUACGUUUGAGCGGGCAUCAAAUCUUUUCUGUUCUUUUAAUUCCAAGCUCUAACCAUUUGAGACGUGAUGCUUCUAAUCAUACAAGGAGAUGGAGUGCUGACAGUGCAUCUGUAUUUGCCUCGGUUACAUCCUUACUUGAUAAGCUUAGAAAAGAGAAAGAUGGAACAGGAGUUGGCAAAAGUGAAGUUUGUAUUCAAGAUGGUUCUGUAGAAAAUGAAAACACAGAUGCCGAAAGGAAACAUGCAUGGGGACCCAAAAAAUCCCCUAAUUUUCAGAAAAUAAGUUCCAUUACUGCUGGAGAAUUAGCAUCAUCUAACGCAGAACCAUCUGUUAUGAAGUUUAGUGAGGAUCAGGUUACUCAAUUGUUGUCUGCUUUUUGGAUACAAGCCAAUCUUCCUGAUAAUAAUCUUGCAAAUAUUGAAGCUCUAGCUUAUUCGUUCUGCUUAACAGUCAUUUCUUUGCGGCUUAAGAAUCCCAAUCACAAUCUUGUGGUUCGCAUAUUCCAACUUCCGUUAUCAUUGUUGAAAGUAGCAUUGGAUCAUAACAACGGAAUGUUAUGCCCGGCACACCAAAGAUCACUUUUUACAUUAUCAACUGCAAUGCUGAUGUUUGCAGCAAAGAUGUAUCAAAUUCCUGAUAUUGUUGAUUUACUCAAACCAAUGCUUAAAUCUGAAGCUGACAACUACUUGGGUAUCAGUGAUGACUUUCAAGUUUAUACAAAGGCACAGGCUGAUGUAAAAGCAUAUUGUUCUGACCAUGAUAAUCAAGCGGCUAAUGUUUUGCUUGCUAAGUUGCAAAGCAAAAUGUCCAAGUCUUACGAGAGAAUUGUUGAUAUUUUAGUCCAAAAGUUAUCUGGCAUUACAGAGAUGGAGGAAGAAGAACUACGUAUUCAGUUAUUCGAUACUUUCAUUCCCGACGAUGCAAUGUUCGGUCCAGAAUCGAUGCUUCAUUUGGAUCACAGUCACAGAGUUGCUCAUUCAAAAGAAUCUCUUUCUUUUGAGACGGAUUUUCCUACAUCAUUAGUUGAAGAUGAUGCAAGCAGUGAAUCAUCUGUUUCAGAUCUGUCCCGCUUUAUAACUAAAUCUCCUACACCUAGCUCCAUGUCUCAUGCUAUUAGUAUUCGACAACUUCUUGAAUCUGCACUAGAAGCGGCUGGUCAAGUUGCUGGAGCAUCUGUCUCUACUUCGCCUCUUCCAUUCAGUGCCAUGACUGGUCAAUGUGAAGCUCUCGGCACAGAUUCAAGGAAAAAGCUCUCUACUUGGCUUUCUCAUGCAAAUGGUGCACAAACAGCCGAAAAGGAUGAUGUCCCCAAUGGUGAAAAUGCAAUUGUCAUGAAGAUUUUGGGUGAAGACGAGCCAACUCGUGCAGGAACGAAUGGUCUGAGAUUACCUCCUGCCAGUCCGUUUGAUAACUUCCUAAAAGCAGCUAGAUAUGCUUAGGGAAGAUGAAUUUCUAAUUACUUGGAUGUAGUGAUUGAUGUAAGAAAUUUAGUCAGGAAUUCAAGAAUGUACUUAGUUCGACCCAUCUAGGACUUAUUGUAUCUUAGUUAUUGUUGCUAUUUAGGUUGCAAGACAUUUGUAACUUGGACUAAUCUCUGACUUCAAAUAUGUGAGCCCUUUAGCCUUAAUUAAAUUGUUAGAUUUGGGCACUUGAGAACCCGUCAGAGAUUACAAAUUUCAUCUGAA